AUGUCGAAAACAUUUUUCUCCCAAUUAUUUAAAUCAAAUUCAUCAACAUUCCAUGCUGCUAUAUUGGCUGAUAAUACCAAUAAAAUUUGUCGAAUUUUGGAUGUAAAACGUGAUUUUCUUCAUAAACCAUUAGAUAAUAAAGGAAAUACAGCACUUUUAUUAGCAAUCAAACAUGCAUCACCAUUAACUGUUCGUUUAUUACUUGAAGAAGGAGCUUCUCCUGAUCAACCAAAUUUUAUUGGUGGUCAAACACCACUUGGUUUUCUAGCUACAACAAUCUAUGAAGAUGAUAAAUCACCUGAAGCAAAAAUGGCUGUUGAAAUGGCUACCAUUUUAUUAAAUAAUAAAGCUGAUAUAGAUAAAACAUCACCAUAUACUUGUUUUGAUGAAAGUCGCAAAGAGUAUGUCAUUAUGGAAACACCAUUAAUGACAGCUGCAAGAACAAAAAAUCUAGCAAUGGCAAAAUUAUUGGUUGAAAGAAAAGCUAACGUAAAUUAUGUAGAAAAACUAUUUCAAAAUCGACCGAUUCAUUUUUCAAUAACAAAUGGUGAUUUAGUAAUGUUUAGUCUACUAGAAAGUGCGGGUGCAUCAUGUCGUUCUGUCGUGGCUACUGGACAAAAUACUUUAUUACAUUGCUUUUGUCAACAUAAAGCUAAUGAUCAACAAAUGCAUUUAUUAGAAAAAUUAAUUAAUAGAGGCUGUGAUGUUAAUGCAGAAAAUAAUAAUCGACGUACACCAUUAAUGUUCGCUGCGAGAUUAGAGAUGAUUAAUACAUGUUGUGUACUUAUAAAUGCUUAUGCUGAUAUAAAUAAAACUGAUUAUAAAGGUAAUCGAGCAAUUGAUUAUACGAAACAAGAUAGUGAAUGUUUUAAAUUAUUACAACGAGUUAUAUAUAUUCAACAAGCGAAAUCUCAAUCACAUCAAAACAAAGAUCGAACGCAUUCGAAAAAAUAUCAUCAAUCUACGUCUUCAGUUCCUGUAGAAAAAAGUGUAUCAACAAAACAUUUAAAAGGUGAUAAAAAAACCAGUGAACAUCGCAGUAAUUUAUUACGUAGUAGAUCUGAUCAAGUACAUAACGCUGAAGAAAUAAAUAAAAAACAUAAAAGUAUGUGGGACAAAUUAUUGGAAGCAAAACCAAUGAGAAGUAAAUCAAGAGAGGUAUUACCAGAAAAAUCCACGGAUUCUUUUGGCAAAAAGAAAAGAGAUUUAUCUGAAAACAGAAUAACGGAUUUCAAUCAAAAAAAAAAUCCAACAGUUAUCAAAUUCUAA